GUGUGUGUGCGUGUCUUGCUCGCUCCAGUCACUACAGACAAUAGACGGGAUACGAAGAGUGUCGCUGUCAGGGCUAUUUAUUCACUGCUUUUUGCUGACUCAGCCCUGCAGCUUUUGUUAAAGCUUCCCCUGGAAUCAGAUCAAUCGUUCAGGAUAUUACUGAUAUUAAAAAGUAUUGCGACAUAAAAUUAUUGUUGCAAGGAAGACUGUGGUAGUAACUCAUGUAAUAAUUAUUGCCCAGAGAUCAGACUAUUUUUGCGUACGCGUUUUCGAUGAAUGAUUCUUUAGUGUUAUAAAACGUGCGUUAGAUUUGAGGAUUUUGUAAACAUAUGAACAGUUGAUUUGCAGCAAAGCUUUCACAUCGUCGCAUGCAGGAUGAUGGUAUCUGCCUCUACCAUCCACUUCUUGCUGGGCAUCUUCUUCUCUCCUUGCCUGAGCAAGUGUGUCCUCGCAGAACUAUACACAUUUCGGUACCCAACAAGCGGCAAAGUCAGUCAGUCAAGACCGAAAUUCAUCAGCAGGGUAGAGUCGCACCCGUUGCAAGAGAACCAUCCACCAUGCGCCUUCAACUCCCAGUGUUCCUGUUCCUCGAACUCACAUUAUGACCUCGGGAUCGUAUUUUGUGAGAACGUCGAGCUGGGCCGCGUCCCGCCGGUUCUCAACAGCUCCAGAGUCCAUACGCUCACGCUGCGCUCCAACAAACUGCGGCAGCUCGAUGAAAGAUCUUUCUAUGGAUCAAGUGGCUUGUGGCGUUUGGAGAUACGACACAACGACCUUUUCCGCAUCCCGGAGAAAGCUUUUCUGGGCAUUGGUCGUUCUUUGUCCGAGUUGGAUCUGAGGUACAAUGAGCUUUCCAAGAUGCCGAGAGAAGCAAUGCAAGGACUCCGGAAAUUGAAACUUUUAGACCUGACAGGAAAUCAUAUCACGAGCGUGGCAGCCGAAGACUUCGAAGGCUUCAACAGAUACCUCGUUCGCCUGUUGAUGGCCAGUAACUCUCUUGUGGAGAUCCCCGACGAAGCCUUCGGACCGCUGUCCUCCCUCACUGAGCUGGACCUUCAAGAUAACAAUAUUCGCAGUAUACGCAACAGAGCCUUUGAGGGUGCCUCUCCCACGCUAAGACACCUGAAUUUGGCAAAUAAUCUUCUCUCGAGCAUCCCUUUCAUGGCAUUUUCGUACCUGAAAGGGCUGCAGUACCUAAAUUUGGAACGAAAUUUGAUCAGUCAGCCCUACGAUGUGAUGUUCAUGGGCUCGCUCUCCCUCGACACUCUCAUUCUCGACUUUAACGCCAUCGAGUACCUGCCGCCACACUCUUUCCAGAACUUCGAUAGCGUCAAUACUUCGUCUUUCAGAGGAAACCCUCUGCAAAAGAUUGGAGCAGACGCAUUCAAAGGAUCAAAAAUACGGGAAUUGUACCUGCAAGAUUGCGAUAUUUGGAACUUGUCCGAGAAAUCGUUUCGCGGCAUCGAAGCAACCUUAGAAACUCUGGACCUUAGCUAUAAUAAUCUCACCGAUAUACCAGAAAAUAUUUUUGACAGAAUUGAUUCUUUAAAAUGGCUUUCAUUGGCUCACAAUAAACUGAUUUUGGAUCCUAAAAAGAGUUUCAAUGGAUUUACAUACACGCUCCAGUAUUUAAACAUGCUAGGGGAAUACAUGGGCAUCAUUCCAAUGGAUGCCUUGAAAAACAUGAGGAACGUGAGAACUUUCGCCUUCAGCACAUUUCCAGGAUUUUAUUUAUCGAAUGAAGAUUUCGUCGGUUUUGGGCCUGCAGUUGAAAAACUUUAUCUCAUGAACAACGAAAUUUCUUCCGUAAAAGCAUUGGCCUUUGAACACGUUCCAGGACUUAAGGUGUUGGAUCUUUCCCACAACGUAAUAAAUUCCUUCGAUAACAGAGCUUUCGCUAACGUCGGCGGUCUUGAGGAAUUGAGAGUAAGCUCUGGUCUAACGCUCACGAGACUGCCUCCCCAACCAUUCCAUUAUUUAAUCAACCUGAGGAUCCUAGAUCUGAGCAACAAUAAGCUGACCUUUUUGCAAAAUGAUUGUUUGAGCCACAUGAAGAAGCUCAGACAUCUCAAUUUGGAAGAUAAUAAAAUUUCCAAAUUAUCCAGUCAUCAAUUCAGAGGACAAUUCACACCGGAAUUGACAACGAUUCAGCUUUCUUUCAAUGCCAUACCAGUCAUAGAGAGCAUGACAUUUCAUGAUUUGGAUCACUUGAAGUAUAUUUAUUUGGACGACAAUAUGAUAACAAGUGUGAAGAGAUUUGCGUUUGCAAAUUUGGCCGACCUAGAAUACUUAAGUCUGGUAGGUAAUAAUAUUCGGGAUCUUGAAUUUGAAGCUUUUCAAAAUAUCCCCAAAGUUAGGCAUCUUGACUUAUCUUACAAUGAAAUGAUUAAUCUAAACUUAGAUGCUUUUGAACAAGUCGGCACCUUAUCCUCACUGAAGAUAGACGUAAGUCAUAACAAAAUUUCUGCCCUUAAAAUGAACGGAACUCGCUGGUCAUCCAUCUCCAGCAUCAAAACAAUAGACUUUAGCUACAAUAAUAUAUCAUCCAUUGAUACUGAGUACUUUGAAUCUGUUAGAAUAUCCCUGCAGCAUCUUAGAUUUAGUCACAACAACAUGUAUAACCUGAGCGCCAAUAUUUUUUCAAAAAUGUUGCAAAUUCAAUUACUCGAUUUUUCGAACAAUCAUAUAUCGGUUGUAGACCCCGAAGCCUUCCGAGAAACGGAUCUUUUGCGUAGUAUCGAUCUUAGCUACAACAAUAUCAAGGAUUUACCGCUAACUCUUUUCAAAAACCACCGAUAUCUAAGUUACGUCGAUCUUUCGGGCAACCUUAUGCACCGAAUGCCCGACGAUCUCUUCCGACUUUGCCCUGUCGAGAUCCUCAAGUUAAGUAAGAAUAAUUUCCACGGAGUACCUGACAACACUCUUCACCACAUCACCGAAACUCUUAGAGUUUUGGAUCUAUCCUGGAACUCGCUCACCAACAUCUCUGACGCUGUGAUCGGUGGACUGGAAAAUUUGAUAGCACUCGACAUAUCUCACAACAAAAUCCACCUCAUUGGCUACCGAUCAUUCCAUGAUUUGUGGAGGCUCACAUCGCUGGACGUGUCCAAUAACCCCUUAAACGACAUCGACUUAUACACCUUCGAUGGGCUGCAAGACUCGCUGCAGAAUCUGAGCGUGGCCAACACGAGCAUCAAGAGCUUCCCUGAGCUACAGCAUCCAAAACUCGCGGUGCUGAACGCGUCCAACAACAUUCUGUCCUUCCUGCCUACCAACACCAUGGCCAACUUGACCGGCAUCAGGACGCUGGAUGUGAGCCACAAUGAAUUAACGGCCCCCGGCAGCAACGCGUGGCAGGUGAUGCCUUACCUGCGCGACCUCCGCCUGCAGGGCAACUUUGUUCGGUCCAUAACCAACAGCACCUUCGCCUCCCUCAGCAGGCUACAGGUGCUCGACAUCAGAGACUUCCCUCUGCACGUAUUCCAGGCGGAUAAUUCUCUUGGCUCUGAGCUGCGGGGAGGCGCUCUGCCGUACAGACUCACCAACGUCACUCUCAUCGGACACAAAAUGAAGCAGAUUGACCCAAAAGCUCUGGAUAUGUUGACGUCGCGACAGCUGCGGCUGACGUUCCUGAGAACAGGACUGACGUACGUCCCUCAUGAACUCUUCACCAACCUCGGCAGGGUCAGGUUUGUGGCAGUUGCCGCCCACAACAACAGCCUCACAGGUCUGGGAGAACCUUACACCACCGUUAAUUACCCCGGGGUUCGGGGCUCUGUUUUCCUCACCGACCUCAGCAUGAGUCAGAACAAGUGGACCUGUGACUGCGGCAUUGGGUGGCUGGAGACAUGGCUAAAGGUGUGGCGCAGCAGCGUGUGUGUGAGUGAAGGCGCCCUGCAGCCAUACCUGGAGUGUCAGCAGACCGUGCGCCAGCUGCGCCGCACUCCCUGCGCUGACAGACACAAAUCCCUCAUGGAGGCGCUCAAGCAGGACCUGGAGUGUGGCGUGUCAGGCGCGACGCUGAACUCCUUGGGUGUCAGAGUGUCGACACUCGCGUGUGUUUGGACUUGGCUUCUCCUGUGGAAAUUAGAAGUCGUGCUUGUAGUACGGGGGCGUUGGUGACACUUUUGAAUUAUCUCAUAUGUUGUCUAAUAUACUUUAAGGAGUUGAAAUUACUUUGAUAAAUGAAACAUAGUGCAUAACUUGAAAAAGAUAUUGUACUAUGUUCAUAGAAUAUAUAUGUAUAGAUUCUGGUAUUGCUUGCUGAACCCUAUUGCCCAUAUAUUAUAUUUCCCACGAAAUGGGAGACUUAUGUCAAUAUUUAUGCUUCAGUAAAUUUUAUGGCGUUAUUGUUUCGAAGUUUUAGUGAAUUUUAUUAAUCCAUGCAAUAUUUCUAAGUGAAGAGUUUUAUCACCCUCUAUAAAUUUGUUAUAUAAAUGCUACAGAACACUAAAUAUCAAAUCGGUUAAUGUAUAAUUUAUUUGCCUUGUUUAGGAGUUUCAAAGGAGAGUUGAAAGGUGACACUGAAAAAAUUAUUGUUUUGCAGAAGACGACGGUGGGCUGUUUCUGUUACAUUCCGUGCAAAAGAAUUCAUUAAGAAAUAUUGUAUUUAAAGAUUUCAAAAAGUUCAUGGACAAUAUGUUGACAAAACGAGCUUCCUUAAGAUUAAAAAAUAGGGCUUUGAAUUUAUACAUAAAGUUAACGUGUGAAAUAUUAAGAUGAAUUACUGGAAUAAUAAAAAUUAAAAUGCUUUUAUGACCACAAUUCAUGUUCAUCUGCUUGUUGACAUUUCUUUGACGCGUUGAAACCCAUCGGUGAUUCGACUCUGCCGUUACGAGAUGAAGAAAAAUAUAUUUCUGGGUUAUUAAAUAUAUUAUGAAAAUAAUAUAUUUAAGAAAAAUAUUCUCUAGUUAUUAUGGAACCCGACGAAUAUAUAUCCAUGGCUUGUAAUUAAUGCAAAUAAUGCAUGCAUCUAUUUUGCUUAAUUAAUAAUAUUUCAAACAGCGAUACGACGACAACUGAGUCCCAAAAGCUAGUAGACUUUUCUCGGAAAUGUAUGAGCUCCCCUCAUUCACGGGCCAAGAUAUUCAAUUCACAUCAUACAAUGACCGUUCAAUAUAACUAAAUAAGUAGUUGGGGUAAAAUAUCUUUUCAGUUAUUUGCUUACUGGGAAUUGAGUGUCUUGGCCAGCUGUGAUUUGUUAGCGGUAAUAUUUCACAUCUUUAGAAACGUGAUGGAUGAUCAAUAUUACAUGUACAUGUGAUUGCAAAGUCGAUGUCUAUGAACUACCAAAAAGCUCUUUGAGCGAGACAUAUUACUUUAUGGUUGCCUUAUGGAGGCUUUAUACUGAAAUAGCCUUAGAGUCAAUAAAUGAAUCAGAGAGUUAAUGAUGAAAAAUUGCUCGCUUGCAAUGUUAGCAAGAGGUGAUUGUAUGCUGGGCCAGUUGUGGCAACCAGUACGUUCAACUCCCUGAUGCUAACUGCCACUGAUUAGCUUUCAACUGGCCUCGAGUAUAGGGUCAUUGGCUUCUUCAGUGGUCAGUAGACGCGACACACACGAGAUCGAUAGAAGGGUAACUAGUGGCAGUUAGUAUAUGAAGUAGUGGAUAGUAGUGCUGCGGGCAAUUACUGGUCUGCGUUAAACUUCUGCCUACGUAAAUAUGAUGAAACCGUCAUAGAUGCUGGCCAGGUCCCAACGGUUCCAAAUUAUUUGGUAGAAAAACAUAUCUUGAUGGUGCACGUGGUAAAUGAAUCUGAUAAGUUUCUGAACGUAUAUGACGUUAUCUAAAGCUUGGAUAUCUUCACAAAAAAAUUUAAAGGAUCAUUCCAAAGAUAAAUGUCCUAAAAAAAUUAGUUUGCAACCGGAGUUUUGUUUCUUAACAUAAUGAUUGGCUGAAUUUGUGCUGCGUUUUUGGUUAUAAAGUUAUUAAUAACGAAUUCCUUAGUUACUUCGGACAAUUAAUUGGGGGUUAAUUAUUUUUAUUUCAUAAGAAUCCCUGAAUGAAAUCCUAGUGUAUAAUUAAAGAGUUCCUGUACAAAAUAUAAUAACUUGAUCGCGUUAUCUUAUCGAGGUCACUAACCGCAAUCCCAAAAAUUUAUACGACAAUGUUUUUGGUGUCGCAAAAUUACAAGACGACGCUGCCAAUGAUUCCUUGGUAAUAAUGAUAUUGACAAUUAUGUAAGACCUUACAAAUUCGUCCACAUGCCUUUAUUGUGGAUGAAUUCAUGUGGAUUAUUGUGGAUGAUUUUAAUUUAAUUUAAUAUCUUAUAAUUGAUUUUCUGUGGCAUGAAAUAAAUAGACACUCUUUAUCAUGUUGGAUCACUUACAUCAAAAAUACUAUUUGAUCAAGCUUAGAAUGUUUAACGGUUUAAAAUGAGGUUGAAUAAUAUUUUCUGAUAAAAUGACUAUGAACUUGAUUUUGCUCUAUGUUCAUUGUCAAAUUUUUUUCUAUGUUGCUCAUGAUAUAAAAUAAAUUGCAAAAGAAAACAAAUAUUUUAAUCUCAAGGGAACCAAUUGCAAACUUUUACAAGAACCACAUCAUAUGUAAGUAUAAACUGAAGGUAAUUCAUAGAAUACGUUCACCUUAUGUUAUAUUUAUUAUAAAUCACAAAGCUGAACUAUCAUGAGCAUGGGAAUAGUAAAAAUGCAUUUUUGCCAUCCACUUGAGAAUUUACAGGUUCUGCGUUCAAUAAACACUUGCUUUU